AUGGAUUGGACAAAUGACUUGUUGUAUCAGAGGCCGGAACUCUUCACCUCAAAAAAGCAGAAACUCUACAAAAAUUCAGCUCUCUCGGAUGUCAUUGUGCAGUUUGGAGAUUAUCGUCUGUACGGCCACAAGGCUGUCCUGGCAAACGGAGGCUCUGUCUGGUUUGAGAAAGCACUUCUUGGUAAUUUCUCGGAAGCUAAGCAAGACAUACUUGAUCUGGGGGAGGAAGACGAUCCGGAUGCUGUGUGUGCUAUGAUCAAGGAUCUCUAUGGAGAUAACUACUUUGAGCAAGUCCCCGUCGACCGUGCCGAACAUUUCGAUAACUACCUGGCCGUAUACACUAUCGGCGACAAAUACGACUCGGCGACAUUGAGACAACAAGCACUGAACAAACUCCUCAGAAGUAUCGAGUCCGAGCUCAGUUGUCGCGACAUACCGGUGCCAGUGAUCCACUUCAUCCAAAAGAUCCUGGGCCCCUCUGCCAUGGUGUUCGGUGACAAGAAGAUCCAAACAGGUGUCUUCCAGCUUGUCUUGGAGUAUGUUUAUGAACUCUGGACUGAUAAGACUUUUGCUGCGCUUCUUAUUAAGGGCGAGAUGCUGGACAAAGAGUAUGGUGGACGUUUCAGGAUUGCUACACUAGGCAAGAUGUCUUGA